CCGGAAGUAGAACCCCAUGGAACGAAACAGAAGCCCGUCGCGGUUUAAGUCUUUUUAUUAUUAUUAAUCUUUUUUUUUUAAAGUAAUCUGACGACAGCAGUUUCUUUUCUGAAUGGCGUGUCCUGAUAAGCAAACAGAGUUGAAUCCAGCCGUCCGUCCUCUAGAUUGGCUCUUGGGUACCUGGGAGUCAGAUGACCCAGGAAAGGGUUGCUUUCCCACCAUAAACCCUUUCCGCUACACAGAAACACUGCAAUUCAGCCACGUUGGACAACCAGUCAUCAACUUCAUGUUCAAUGCCUUCCAUCCAGAGACGGGGAAGCCUCUUCACAGGGAGUGUGGAUUCAUUCGCAUGCAGCCAGGAACCAACAAAGUGGCCUUCAUCAUCGCACAGAACUCUGGUCUGGUGGAGAUUGAGGAAGGAGAGCUAACAGGGCAGCAUUUGAACCUGCACAGUCAAGCUUUGGCCAGAACCUCAUUUGCAAAGAAGCCACACGUCAAACAGAUUUCUCGAGUGUUCACGCUGCGAUCAGAUGGGAAGUUGGAGCAGACAGUUUCCAUGGCAACAGACACCCAGCCAAUAGCACAGCAUUUGUGUAUCGCCUACCGUCGCUCAUCUUGACGCAACAACAGGGCAGGCAGGGUACACAAAUAUGACUGAGCGGGUUAUAAGUAUCACCAAAAAAGGAUCUCUAAUCAAUAAUCAUCUUAUCCCGUGACUGUGUACAACAAAAACAGUCUUACUGCUGUGAGGGUAACAUGGUUACAGUCAAAGUUUUAAAAAAAAAAGUACUGAUAUUUUUAUAUUAAUAUUUUUCCUGUAAAUUUUAUGUGAGACAAACGUGUUUGGUCUUCUUUCUUUUUUAAUCCGUUUUCAAUUCCACUAAUAUGCAUUUGAGCAGAUUACCACUUAAAACCUGGCAACAUUUUCACGAUGUUUAAAAACGCCUUUUUCUUUUAGGUAAUGGAUCUUUGUUAUACUUUGCAUUUCCAUGGACCCUAUAACUUCACCAGAUUUUCCAUGAGUGUUCAGGUUGUGCUAAUAAUAUCCUAUGAGAUGUUGUACGAUUGUUAUUGCACACAAGCCGUGGUUCUAUCUGGCAUGGUCUUUUUGGAAGAGCACGGCUGCCAAAUGAUGCACAAAUCACGAUUGUCUGGGGGAGGGGAAUCUGAAUCUAGAAAGCGCUCCACAUGUGUGAAAUUUUUUUUUCUACUAAUUAUAAUCAGUUUCCACCAGCAGGUAGUUGCCAGAUUUGCAGGUGGAAGGUAAAUUUAGUGUCUUUGUGUCUGUUGAUUUUGAUGGUGACUGGGCUGUUAUUCAUUAUAUGCUACAAAUAAAGUAUAUUUUGAUAAAUAA